AUGGUUUGGGUUAGCGCUAUGAACACUGCUCAGCAUAAUCCAUCGCAGUUCGGCGUGAGCGAUGAAGAACUCCGUCAGUUGAUUGCUACAAUUUCUUCUGUGGACGGACUUGUCAUGGCGGGAAAUGGGCUCAGAUUAGCCGGAUAUUUUGUUGCAUAUGCAGAUGGUGAUAUGCCGGAUAAGUACCGUCUGAUGGUGAUCAUCUCGCUGUUUGUCUUCUUUCAACGUCAUUUCACCCCAAAGGACACAAAGUUAGGAAAACUAGUGUGGAAGAGCCACAAGAAGAUCGGUGCUUUCUAUUUGGUUGGAGAUAUCCUCUGGAUUCCUUGUGAAUUUCUAAUGCGUGAAGUGCCUACUAUAGUGACCAAUGUUGAUAAAAAAAGCGUCCAAUUUAUUCGCCAACUGAGGGAGACACUUCUGAAUGAAAAAGGUGACGCCAUGCUCGAAGAAGCAGUUUCUUACACACCAUCUGCUCAAGAAUGGCGGACAAAGAUGCGAAUCGAAAAUCGACACGAGGGGCCACGUGAUGCGAUAGCAAGUUUAUCUAUUACGGAGCUUAUGUUAAAAGGUGCACGAAUAGCCGAUAUUAUGUGCAGCUUGUUGAGGAUUGUCCUCAAUUGUCACACGGGAACUGUGCAGAUCUCAAAGGCGAAAGCUUAUAAGAUGUUUAGUAUUAUCGAGAACAUAAAGGCGAUCUCGCAGACGUUCGCCGAUUGCCGGCGGAUGCUGCUUGAGUGCUGCCAGAUGGCUUGUCAACAGUGGCGAUGCCACUCUUUGGCCUUAAUAGACCGUGCUCAAUUGUCGGCUCAAGCAUCGAGUGACACCCAUCGAGCGGCUGCCUUUCACAUUGCCAUUCAAUGUUUACUCGGCAGUGAAUCACGAACUCGCUUGUGCAUUUGUGGGGUUGCAUUGGAAAUCGCACAGUACAAGGAAACAAUGGGGCGACUCAACUCUUCUCAACUUGACGCGCUGAUUUCUCGAUUAGAAACACUUUGCAAAAUGGAUGCCAUCAUUGAAAGAAAUCAUAAUAAUAAAUGGGCUUCCUAUCAAUUCGUGUCAGUACUUAUCUUAUCGCCGUUGCAGCAUUUCACAAUGGCUGUCUCGGAUUGUAUCCGCUACGUAGAAAAAUCUAAGAAACGCAACCAGUUGGGACGUUUUUGUGAGGAAACGGUUGAGUCAAUAAAAAAGGGAUUUCUAUAUCCUCUUUGUGCUGCAAUUGAGGUUGAUUUGAGAGUGCUGUCACAUCAACACCUGGUUGUUGAUGAAAGAGACAGUCCUUCUCAACAGAUGCUUGAUUUCUGCAAGAAAAUGAUGUUUGAUCCAGACAUUCGACUUCAUGGUAUGAUUCUGAGUUCACGUGGUAAUUGUUAUUUCUCUACUCUGAUCUUUGCCUUUUUCCUUUGA